AUGAGCGUCUUCGAAACCGUCAUUCGCUUCUCCGUCCAGCACAUUGGACCCAAGACGACCUACGAGAUCUUCACCACUCUUAUCUUGCUCUAUGCUCGUCUCAACCAAGUCAAGGUCUUCUUCAGCAGCCCUGGCCUCUUGGUUUGGCUGAUGAUCCCCAUCAUCGCCGCCAGCAUAGUCAUCUCACUCACGUUCUCGUCGGUCUACUUGCGCUUCGGCUGCCCUAUCGCUGCGCUGAUCAUCCUGAAGCUGGCCAUCGAUGCUGAAAUCGCCUCGACUGUCUGUUAUUAA